CAGCUGUAACCUUUCAUAAAGUUGAACGAAAGUCCUAAAGUGAUUGGAAAUUUGAACCAAAUCAUAGAACCACGCGUUAAAAAAAGUGAAUCAUAUAAAAAUUGCUUUAGUAGCUUUCAUGGCUCCAAGGUAAGGAACAAAAAAAAGGCACUACCAUGUCCCUUUUCCAACAUCUCUCCUCACUCUAGUCUCUUCUCAAAUAACCCCCCAAAAAAAUCCUCAUAAAAUUUUCCAUCUUCAUCUGAAAUGGCCCUAAGCAACAAUGUCAUCGGAGCUAUCAAUUUCGUGGCCAUGCUCCUAUCAAUCCCAAUCAUCGGUGCCGGAAUCUGGUUAGCCACUGAGCAAGACAAUUCGUGUGUAAAAAUCCUACAAUGGCCUGUCAUCAUUUUAGGCAUAUUGAUCUUGAUUGUCGCCUUAGCCGGCUUUAUUGGAGGGUUUUGGCGAAUCCCGUGGCUUCUCGUUUUCUACCUCGUUGCCAUGUUACUGCUUAUCGUGUUACUUGUUGUUUUGGUGGUUUUUGUUUAUAUGGUCACGAUAAGGGGUUCGGGGCACAUUGAACCGAGCCGGGCUUACUUGGAAUACCGGCUGGAUGACUUCUCCGGGUGGCUUCGAAGGAGGGUUCAGAGAUCUUAUAAGUGGGAUCGGAUCAGGAGUUGCCUUAGCUCGACAAGUAUGUGUGCUGAGUUGAACCAGAGUUAUCGGAUGGCUCAGGAUUUCUUUAAUGCACAUCUUACCCCCUUACAGUCGGGAUGCUGUAAGCCCCCAACCCAAUGCGGGUACACAUUCGUGAACCCGACGUACUGGAUAAGUCCCAUAAACAACGCGGCGGACAUGGAUUGUCUCCAGUGGAGCAACGACCAGACGCAGCUGUGCUACUCGUGCGACUCGUGCAAAGCCGGGUUGCUGGCUAAUCUGAGGAAGGAAUGGAGGAGAGCCGAUAUCGUGAUGAUCGUAACGCUUGUGGCUCUGAUUUCGGUGUAUUUGAUUGGGUGUUGUGCGUUUAGGAAUGCUAAGACUGAAGAUUUGUUCAGGAAAUACCAGCAGGGUUAUACAUGAUCAGCAAUGAGACGUAGUAGUGGUGGCUUGGUGGUGUUUUGGUAAAUCAUAGAGUGCUAGUUUUUGGGGUGGCAUUGGACAUUUUUCUUUGUUUUUUAGACUAUUGUAAAAGAAGAUGCUUUCCGUGUUUUGAUGCUCAUUUGGUGGUAAAAGGUAUUGUGCUUAGCUGA